AUGCAGCAGGUGGCUCUGCAGCCACUCGACAAAACAUGCCGGGAUCUCCCAUUACGAGCUGCAGGAACAGAGGCAGAAAGCCCCUCUCCCCCCGCCAAGGAGCCCUCCCUGUACACCGUGAAGGCCCUGCUCAUCCUGGACAGCCUCGGGCAGCGUCUCCUGGCCAAGUACUACGAUGGCACCUUCCCCACGGCCAAGGAGCAGGCGGCCUUCGAGAGGAACAUCUUCAGCAAGACCCACCAGACGGGUGGGGAGAUCGCCUGUCUGGAAGGACUCACCGUCGUCUACAGGAGCAGCGUCGACCUCUUCUUCUACGUGGUGGGGGGCUGCCAGGAGAACGUGCUGAUGCUGUCGGCCGUGCUCGCCUGCCUCCUCGACGCCCUCAGCCACCUCCUGCGGAAGGAGGUGGAGAAGCGCUGGCUGCUGGAUAACAUGGAGGGGACAUUCCUGGUGGUGGAUGAGAUCGUGGACAGGGGGGUGAUCCUGGAGAGCGAUCCUCAGCAAGUGAUCCAGCGGCUGAGCCUGCGGGUUGAUGACAACUUUCUGUGCGAGCAGAGCGUGUCCCAAGUUAAAAGUGCUUCGUUAGCCUCACUAAUGAGGGGGUGGGUUGACCAGCUUUACCCAGCAGGAAGGAGAUGGGGUGCACCCUAG